GACAGGGGAUGCGGGAUGCAGGAUGAGGGACGUGGGACGGGGACAGCUCAGGGACGGGGGUGCAGGGUGGUGACAGAAGGUCAACGGGUGCUGCGGCCGUGCCGUGCCGGCGGCUCCCCCGCCCCGGUGCCGGCGCGCAGGUGCGGCGGGCGCGGCGGAGGCCCCGCCCCGGCCCUCCCGCCGGUGCCGCCCGGUGCCGCCCCGCGGCCGCACUCGCCGGCGGCGCCUCCCUGUGCGCACCGCACCGCUCCGCACCGCGCCCGCUUCCCCCGGCGCUGCGGCAGCAUGCGGGGCUGCGGCGGGCGCCGCGCCCUGCUGGCCCUGCUGGCCCUGCUCGCCCUGCUGGCCCUGCUCCUGCCCGCCGCCGCCGGCCCCGGGCCCGCCGCCGGCCCCGCCACCGGCCCCGGGCCCGCCGCGGCGGGGGAGAGCCCCGGCAAUUUCAUGGAGGACGAGCAGUGGCUCUCGUCCAUCUCCCAGUACGGCGGCAGGAUCAAGCACUGGAACCGCUUCCGAGACGAGGUGGAGGAUGACUACAUCAAGAGCUGGGAGGACAACCAGCCCGGGGAUGAAGCCCUGGACACCACCAAGGACCCCUGCCAGAAGGUGAAGUGCAGCCGGCACAAGGUGUGCGUGGCGCAGGGCUACCAGCGCGCCAUGUGCAUCAGCCGCAAGAAGCUGGAGCACAGGAUCAAGCCGCUGGGCCCCAAGGCUCACGGGGGCUGCAAGCCCUGCCACGCCGCCCCGGUGGCUGCCGUCUGCGGCUCCGACGGCCACACCUACAGCUCGGCGUGCAAGCUGGAGCAGCAGGCGUGCCUGGCCAGCAAGCAGCUGACGGUGCGGUGCGAGGGGCAGUGCCCCUGCCCGACCCCGCAUAGCCCUGCCGGGGACAGCAAACAAGAACUGUGCACCGGGCAGGAUCUGGCCGACCUGGGUGACCGCCUGCGCGACUGGUUCCAGCUCCUGCGUGAGAACGCCAAGCAGAACGGCUCCGGCGGGCUCCCCGCCAGCCCCACCACUGCGCUGGAGAGGAGCGUGGCAGCCACCUGCAAGGAGGCGGUGGGGUGGAUGUUCGCCCGGCUGGACACCAGCGGGGAUCUCUUCCUGGAGGCAGCCGAGCUGGCCGCCAUCAACCUGGACAAGUACGAGGUGUGCAUCCGCGCCUUCUUCAACUCCUGCGACACCUCCAGGGACGGCCGCGUCUCCGCUCCCGAGUGGUGCUUCUGCUUCUGGAGGGAAAAGCCGCCCUGUCUCAGGGAGCUGGAGAAGAUCCAGAUCCAAGAAGCAACCAAAAAAAAGCUGGGCACCUUCAUUCCCAGCUGCGAUGAGGAUGGCUACUACCGGCGGGCACAGUGCGAGCCGGGCGGCGGCGAGUGCUGGUGCGUGGACCAGCACGGGGCCGAGCUGACGGGCACCCGCGGCCACGGCAGCCCCGACUGCGAUGAAGCAACGGGGUUUUCAGGCGACUUCGGGAGCAGCGUGGGCUGGGAGGACGAGGAGGAGAAGGAGCCGGAGGAGGCGGGCGAGGAAGGCGAGGAAGAGGAGGGCGAAGCGGGCGAGGGCGACGACGGUGGCUACAUCUGGUAGAAGAGGAGCGGGAGAGCCUGGUGGGCGGCACGGCCGGGAGGCAGCCCCCAGCCGGGGGUCCCCGUGACCCCCCCGAUGCCGGUGUAGCAUGGGGUGGGUGCUCCCCCCUCCAGCCCCAUGUGGGACGGGGCAACGGGGUGCUCGCCCGGGGAGGGGUUAAGCGGGGCAGGGGGGUGCCGCUCUUG